AUGGGUAUGAAAGGCAGGGGUAGACCCCCACCCAAUGCGGGCCUCGAAGAGUCGAAGCCUGCCAACAAAAUGCGCCGUCAAAUGAUGCACAUCAAGCGCAAGAGAGACAAGGACUCAACGCGCCGAGCGGAGCGAUAUGCAUUCAAGAAGGAGGAGUCCAAGAACCCCAAAUUGAAGGAAGAUCGUUUGAAGCGCAACAUUCCCUUGACCCUCGACCGCAAGCGAGUCUGGGAUGAUGCCGACAAUGACGCCGAGGAGACCGGAUUGGGUCUGAGUGUCGACGUUGAACGCAUCAAGCGGGCCAAGAAGGAAGAAGAGGAUGAAUUGAACCGACCCUUGGAGGAAGGAGAGGAUGACAGCGACGCAGCAGAGUCCGAUGCCGAGUCGGUCGACAGUAUGAUCGCUAGCAGCGACAGUGAAGACGAGGACGAGGAGAAGGAAGGCGAAGACGACGACGCCAGCCGCGGUCGAAAGAAAUCGGGUCUGCGUACUGCCACCGAACGUGCUACCAGCCCGACACAAUCAACCAAGAGCACCAACCUAAACCUUGCACCUGAAGCUCUCGCCGCCAAAUUCCCCACCCUCUUUAGCUCGGAGCCUGCCCCUUCACCCAAAGUUCUUAUCACCACCUCCUUGAACUCGACACUCCACAAGGAAGCCGAAAUUCUCACCGACUUAUUCCCUAACAGUGUGUACAUCCCUCGUAACGCACACCGCUACUCGCACAAGUUCUCCAUCCGUGAGAUCUCCAAGUUCGCCUCAAACCGCAACUACACCACCGUCGUCGUGCUGAACGAGGACCAGAAGAAGCCCAGCGGUAUGACAAUGGUGCACCUUCCCGAAGGCCCCACAUUCCACUUCUCCAUCAGUGGCUGGAUUGAGGGCAAGCGACUGCCUGGUCACGGUAAGGCCACCGAUCACUGGCCCGAGCUGAUCCUGAACAACUUCCGCACUCCUCUGGGUCUUCUGACUGCCCACAUUUUCCGCACUCUGUUCCCUCCCAUGCCCGAGUUCCAGGGCCGACAGGUCGUGACACUGCACAAUCAGCGUGAUUACAUCUUUGUGCGCCGUCAUCGUUAUGUCUUCCGUGAGAAGCGAGAGACUGAGAAGGCUGUUGUUGGAGCCGACGGCAAGGAGAUUGAAGGUGUGGAGGGCAUUCGCACUGGUCUGCAGGAGUUGGGACCCCGGUUCACCUUGAAGCUGCGUCGUGUGGAUAAGGGUAUCCAGCGGGCUAGUGGACAAGAGUGGGAAUGGAAGGGUGGAAUGGAGAAGGUGCGGACGAAGUUCCAGCUGUAA